ACAGAGAGUGAGAGAAAGAACUGCACAUGCACUCACACAGGGGGACACAGUCAUGUUAUAGUUAAAUGUUAAUUUAACAGUCAAACCCCCCUCUCAAGCACGUGGUUGAGCCAAAGGCUUCAUAAACAAGCCCGCUGCCACCGAGUCGCUCAUUCAGUGUUUCCACUGAUCCCACAUCAGUGCAGCGGCUCAGAGAACAUGGCACUGGCUGACACAGAGCUCGGAGGGUCCAACUGCGGAGACUCGGGCUCUCCAUUCUCAGAGAUCAUCGAGCUGAAUGUUGGCGGACAGGUUUAUGUCACCAGGCACAAAACUCUCAUCGCGGUCCAGGACUCUCUGCUGUGGAACAUGUUUAGUAAGAAGUCCCCAAAGGAGUUGGCGAGAGACAGCAAAGGGCGCUUCUUCUUGGACAGAGACGGCUUCUUGUUCCGCUACAUCCUAGAUUACCUCCGGGACCUGAACCUGGUGCUGCCGGACUAUUUCCCCGAGAAAAGUCGUCUGCAGAGGGAGGCUGACUUUUUCCAGCUGCGGGACCUCGCCAAACGGCUAAGCCCACGCAUGAUUAAGGACAAUUCAAUGAGCGAGGAAAUCAGCCAGAGCGACACGGAGGACGGCGCGCAGCAGUGCGGCUCCUCCGGCGCCAUGGAGACUUUACGCACCAUGACGGUCAGCUCCAGCGGGACCAUGCGCUCCCCGUCUUUGGACUCCAGAAAGUCGGGUUACAUCACGAUAGGAUACCGCGGCUCGUACACCAUCGGCAGGGACAUCCAAACCGACGCCAAGUUCAGGAGAGUGGCGCGCAUCACGGUGUGCGGGAAGACGGCUCUGGCCAAAGAAGUGUUUGGAGACACGCUGAAUGAGAGCAGAGACCCGGACAGGCCUCCAGAGAGAUACACAUCCCGGUAUUAUCUCAAGUAUAAUUUUCUAGAGCAGGCGUUUGACAAGCUGACAGAGGCGGGAUUUCACAUGGUGGCCUGCAGCUCCACAGGCACCUGCGCGUACACCAGCAAUGAUCCAAACGAGGACAAAAUAUGGACAAGCUACACUGAAUACGUCUUCUGCCGGGAAUAACUGUUAACAUGUCGUGUUGAUAUACAUUUCAUAAUAUAGAGGGGGCAGGUGUUGCAUUUGCUGUGUUGAAUGGUAACGUUUCUCAGAGCGAGUGGCUUCAAUAUGUUGCUCCAUUAUUCUAAGAAUAGCUGAAUGCCAGUAGGCUAUUAUACAAUCUGUGAUUUAACACGCAGUGCCCCUAUAGAUUCCAAAUCAGUCAGACAGUUUUUUCAAGUCAUGAUCAUUCAAUUUGAUGUUCAAAUUGAGAGGUAGGGCUGCAACUGUUAUUUUCUCAUCAAUUAUUCAAGUAUAGCUAUGAAAAGUCUAAUAUUUGUGAAAAUUUUCACAUCAGAAUUUCAAAACUCAAAGUUGCUUCAUUUGUCCAGCAAAUAGUCCCAAACCCCAAACAUUUCAUUUACAUUCAGAUUGCAAAGAAAAUAUGAUUCAAGAAUCUUUAAAAAACAGCAAAUGUUUGACAUUUUUGAGUGAAAAAUGAAAUUAUUAAUGGAUAAUCAAAAAGUUGCAGUUAAUCCACUCAUGUUUAGAUGUAUUGUGGUACUGUGUAUGCCGGUUAAUGCACCUCUCCAACGUGUAACCAAAAGCCCCCCCCCCAACAAAAAAAAAAAAAUCAACUUAUUUCAGGUAAAUGAAUGAUGCUAGCAGAGUGUAAUGUUACUGGAAGCUCUCAACAGUCAACAA